GGAGAAGCAGGGCCGUGCGCCGCUGUCCUUCGCUUGGGUGCCUUCGCGUUUGGAUCUCGAAGAUGCGCUCAUGCAGGAGCGGGCGUUCUUCUUUUUGGUCCCGGGGAACGCCUGGGCCGACGCGUUCUUUCUGUUACGUUGCGAUUUCCGUUGCAAGAAAUGUAUCACUCAAGUCCUGUGAUAAGGUGUUCACGAGUCGGGCCAUGCAGUGCAGCCAGUCAGAAUAUCACGAGUACGCGUCCGAGUUGGAGUCUGCGAGCAUUUCGAGCGAUGAUAUCGCCCCGCCCGAUAAAACGUACUCGUCCUUGUUCAGAGCGUUGCUCUCCCUGACGGGGCAGAGUCGCCAGUGCCUCCGCCGCUCCCUCCCCCGCCCGAACUUGCCCCUGUGUCGGACAUCGUUGGGCGUCUUGGGCAUGGAGGUGCAGCUCGCUGGGAGGCCCUUUGCUGCGGGCUGUGCGGCGCGCGUCAAGUUUCGGGAUUGCUGCCCCAGCCACAACGCUGUGGAGUCGUUCCGCUUCGCGCAGCUGGUCGCGAACAAGGCCUGCAUCAUCUCAGCGGAGUGCCUCCCCGCCGAGAUGGAGGAGUGGGAGGGCAUCGUCCACUUCGUGGACGUCGCUGGCACGCGCCAGAUGGUGCAGGAGGUCCAGAAGGACGUCCAGAAAUGCCAGACCAACAGUUACGCCCUGUUCAAAGAGAGAUUCGCCCCCGCGAGGCUUCUCAACAGAACAGGCUUCGAGGAGAAGUUCCUGCGGCUGGCGCCGCACCUGCGGAAGUGAGCCGCGAGCCGAUGCGGCGCCGUGCCGUCGGCGCGCUCGCCCAUGGGGCGCAUUCCUCCGCUGGCGGGGCAUCGGGCUUGGAGGCUUGUCGCGGCGCGCGCCUGGUGGCGAGGCGGGAGCGGCCAUCUCGAGA